AUGUCUAGAUCUCCAUCGGUCCGAAUUUGUGUCCAAGACGAGGAGAUUGACCUGAUCUCCAUCGAUAAAGUCCCGCCACAUCGAGGGUCUAUCACCCCGCCCGGCACAAUCCUUUCGCCGCCUACAAAACGGCGACGAACGUGGACACAUCGACGGAAACUUUUUGCGAAAAGACAAUGUCAGGGAGACUGUUUGGUGGACUUGGAGAGGUGGCAUGUCUCGCCGACCCUACUUAACGAUCCCCUUUAUUCCAGUGUCAUGGACGAUCGACUUCUUCAGCUGAGAGAACGAUUCUCUCAGGCAGCUUCCACUGAUGCCUUCCACUCGACACACCUUCGAAUCGGUGAUGUUGUCUCAUUGUUUGCUUUAGAUCCAAAUGGAGGGUCGGCCGAUCGGAAACAUGAGGGAUUUCUGUCGACCCUAGGGUUGGUCGAUGAUCGACUGAUAGUAGAAGAAGGGAAUGGGGGACUUCAGAAUCCACCCAAGACCUUUAGAGGUAAGAUACCCGAGACAAGGCCACGAAUGUUAAUUGAAUUAUAGAUUGUCUAUUUCGAAUUUGUCCGGUGAACCGUUAUGCCGCCCAAAAGCAAUAUUGGACCGAGCAAAAGAAGAGUUGUCUCAACGAGCCCUACGAUGAAGAGAUGCUCAAGAAAUUGAUAGUGGCGGCCGAAAAAGAACGCGAACAGAAUGAUCUCGAAUACCGAAAAAUGAUGGGCUCAGCCAUUCAAUACGGGUCAGCAAUUCAACUACUCCAUGUCAAGUCCGACAAGUAUGUGACAAUGCAAAGGAACUCGCCGGCACGUCAAGAACGGAAUGCCAUGCGGGUUUACUUGGAUCGAACGGGUAAUGAAGGAUCUUGGUUCACGGUGGAACCGGUGUACAAACACGUUGCUAUCGGUGAUAACGUAAGAAAACUUGCUCUAUUUGGCAUACACAACUGCUCGCAUUUAUUAGCGUAUAAUACAAAUUACUGUCUUUGCAGGUUAUGUCCGGUGAAAGAAUUUGCCUCAUUCCAUACACAACGGGUCACACAAACACUUCCAACAAUAACCAACCGAAACUUCAACUACAUCUUUCACAUUUCCGCUUACAUGAUCAUGAUAUUGGCUGGGAAGUGAAUUGUCUCAACGAACUCACCGAAUGGCAGGUCAAUGUGUAUCUGCAAUUCGAUGAGAACCGGCCAGAUAAUGUCAAAUCCGGCGACGUUGUCCGAUUAUUCCAUGCUGAUCAACAAACAUUCCUAACUUUAGAUAAGAAUCCAAAGACAAAAAGAGACGUGGUAUUCCUUCGAAUGACUAACAGAAGUUCCGCUACAGACGCUACAUCCUCCAGGGCAUUAUGGGAGAUACAGGUGAGCAAUUUAUAGUAUAUUAAUAUUACCGAUUUAGGUUUACAACAAAGAGAUGGCAUUCCGAGGGGGAGCGGCGACUUGGCGGCGCCAAAUCAAGUUCAAACAUCUGGCCACGGAUCUUUAUUUAUCCGCUGUCCCUAUGAGUAUGGCGCAACAAAUCGCAACUGAACGUCGGGCUAGUGGCAUUAGAGUCCAGUUGAGUAUUGACAGUUCAUUUGACUCCAGAGGAGAAGAUGAACCUUAUGUUUUGGUUCCAAGUUCAGCUGACGAUUCGAUCACAGAAAAAGAUACAUUGUUUUUGUUAGAUCCUUGUGCUAAGACCUCCACGAAAGAAGCGAGAGUCCCUAUCAAUUCGUUUGUGAGACUUCAACAUAUGGAAACGAGUCGGUGGUUGCACACAACAGACCCUGCGUUAAAGCAAAACCUUUACUAUACCAGUAAGAAUGAGAAAGGAUGGGUAAAAGUUGUCUGUGAGCAUACCAAGAUUGACAAGGAGGCUUUUGCGUUGUCGCCAGUUUCACCAAACGAGGUUAGAGACUUGGACUUUGCGAAUGAUGCUUGUCGAGCGCUGGAUCAAUUUAUAAAUGUCAUCAAAAGUGGAAAAACUGUGGGGAAAGAGCCUAUCAAGUAAGUCAUCGACAAGACAGAAACGAUGACAACUAAAAAUAACUCUAAUACUUUUAAACUUUAGUUUCACAAUGCAACUACUUAUUGAAUGUAUCUACUUCGUCACUAACACCACUAAUCAUAUGACUGACCCACUAAAUAUCAUCGACUUUGAGCCUACGAGAGACCGUCAAAAACUUCUGAGAGAACAAGGAGUCCUUGGAAAGGUAUGUGAUCGCAAUAAUUGACCGUAAAGCUCCUUGUUGUAGGUUUUCGACCUUCUCAAGGCACCAUUCCUCCCUCGUCAAGGUGUUGGUGAAGUAGCUCCACUAUUAGCGUCACCUCAAGAACUGAUGGAAAAUAGGAAUGAAGUCUUCAGGAGGAUGUUCCAACUCUGUUACUCCCUUUUAAGAUAUUCUCAAGUUCGCUACAGAAAGAACCAAGAAUUUCUGGCGGAGAAAUUCGACCAAAUCCAAGAGCAGAUAGGGUUCAACUUGUUGGCUGAAGACACGAUGACCGCGGUAUUGCACAACAACCCUAAAUUACUUGAAAAAUACGUUAAAACACCGCAUGUGGAGAGGUUCGUCGAACUGGUGAGAAACAACAGAUGUGGAAAGUAAGUCAUUUUGAGAUUUACAUCAAUUAGUGGCCCUUUGAAUAAUACCUUCUUUGCAACGAUCUCUUUCUUGUAGGUUCUUGGAUUACCUAGCAGAUCUUUGUGUAUGCCGAGACGAAGCCAACAAGAAGAUCCAAGAGCUCAUCUGUAACUCAGUUCUCAGCGAAAAGAACCGGGAUAUCUUCAUGAAAACCGAAUUGGCUCCAAGUUUCGGAAAGAAGACAGCCGACGUCUAUAUCUGUUGGAAUUUCCCUAAUACCGCCUGUCGGUUAUUAGUUCAAUGUGCAGAAUCGAACUCGCAAGAAGAUCGAGAUAUGAUCGACUACUAUCGUCAUCAACUUGGCUUGAUCGCUCAGAUGUGUCAAGACCAACAGUACUUGGCGAUUGAUCCACCGCCAGAGAGGAAGUUGUUGAAUAUCAGUCAUGAACUCCCAAUUGAUCUUGUUUUACAGUAAGAACUUAUAAUUAGAGCCGCAUGUAAUACCAUCGUUCAGAUGUAUGUCAGACACCCGUCUUCCCUGUGACAUCCGAGCUUCUUUCACUCGACUAAUGCUUCACCUGCAUGUUGUUCGAGGUUCACCAGUAACAGCCGUCAGACAUGCUCGAUUAUGGCGAGAUAUUCCUAAUCAAGUUGAUGUUGUGACUUAUCAUUCCAAUCUAACUGCCAGUUUUGCCGACGCAGGGCCCUCUAGACAUCUACAGCAUGAAAAAUUCAAGGGCCUUCUGGGUGUUGUUGAUGACUACUUGGCCGGACUUAGACGUAUUUACUCUAAUGGCGAUGUUGUUCUCUCCGAGUCACCACAUUACUGCGAUCAGAAUCGUCUAACUUUUGAGGUAUAGUUUAUGAAGAUCGCGCAUUCUAAUACGUGGAUUUCAGAUAGUCAACCUAGCCCGAGCCCUAGCUCAAUUCGGAUUCUACACCUUCGAAGAACUGCUAAAACUCGCCCAGAACCUCCUGGCAAUCACUGAUUGCUCUCCGAAACAGUCGAUAACCUCUCGUGUGUCACCUCUUCCAUCGUUCCAACUUGAUUUGAUUUCAGAACGUCUUGCUCCGCACACAAAACUCAUGCGUCAACUGACACGGGGAAUGCUCAACACUCAAGCAUCAACCGAUUCCACUACAACAUCAACUCCGAAACGUCCGACAUCGCUGAAACACAGCGAUUCGGACGCCGAGGAGACGGCCAAAGCCAAGGAGAGUAGAGAGAUGGUCUUGCAGACCAAACUGAUCGUUGUUGAACUCCUUCAGGUAGAUUAACAUGUCCGUUCCGCUUAACCUUAGUUAAUUUAGUUCAUUAUGGAUGUCCGCCGAGACUAUCGGAUUACUGUUGCCUUGUCUUAUUUCAAAAACAAAUUUCCUUGUAAUGAAAACGGAGAGUUACUGGAAGCUCCGGUGAUCACGGAGAAGAUAGUUAACGAAAUGAGAGCCGAGGUCUUCGAUAAGACCGAGCAAGAACUUGAUUUUGAUGGAGAACAAGGUCAACAGUUACUAAGGAUACUGCUUCAAAUGACCAUGAAUGACUAUCCACCUUUGACGAGCAUGGCGUUAAAGGUGUUGUUCCGUCAUUUCAACCAAUACCAAGAGUUGAUUGAGGAUUUGAAACAAGUCCAGUUACUUGUGUCUAAUCGAGAUGUUGACAAUUAUCACCAAAUUGAUCGGGAUCUCUUUAUACUCAAGAAUUUGACCGAGAAAAGUGAGCUCUGGGUUCAUUUUGGAAAGCCUGUGGCAUCAACAACAAAACGACAAAAGAAUUUGAGUGUGGAUAGAUCAAGAAGUAUGAGUGGAGACGACCUACUGAAUGAUAAUACGGACGAGGUUGACCAUGAAAGGCUUGUUGAAGACCUAAAUGAGCUCUCGGCGGAUAAUGGACCACUUCCACCGCAGAUUUUCAUCGAUUUCAUCAAGCAGCAUUAUCCUCAGAACAAGAUCAAGUGUGUUCAACUUGUUCAGCAGGUACGUGUCUGGCCUUUCAAAAUAAGAAAUUACGACGAAAAAUUAUGAAUUUUACCAUCUUCUUUUCAGCUCUUCAACAACAGCGAAAGAGACACAAUGUCGACUGCCUUGCAUGACCUGAUGGACAAAGCCCCACUUGUCGCCUAUCCAAUCGUCAAGGAGAUUGUAAAACGAAUGAGAAAUCUCUGUUUCGAAGAUUCCCGGGAUCUCCGAGGCUAUGAGAGAAUCUCCGGAACUCGCAAUGAUUUGAUGAACCAACAAUUGCUACGCAAUAUGCGUGUAUUCGAGGUCGUUUUGGAAUUCCUUUCUGUUCCCUAUGACAAAAAGAACGAUACGGAAAUGCCAAAAUUGGUCACGUUGGCUCACGAAUUCUUAAGAAGCUUCUGUAAGAACAACAAGGAAAAUCAAAAUCGCCUUCAAUUAUACGUUUCGAUUGAUAAUGAUGCUAGAGAAGGGUCGCUGUCGGUGAAUACGGUAAGUUAGAGAAAAUCUUGUAAUUUUAAUUGAACCGAAGGAAUAAUAGAUAAUCUUUUAGGUCGAAGAAGUCCAAACAUUAGUUUCCGUCUAUCGGAAUAACCCAGAACUCUGCGAGAACGUCUCGGAGAGUCUGAUAUCACAUAUUGUUGGAUUGAUAGAGCAUAAACAAAGGAACGCGAUCUUCUUAGAGUUCUUACAAGUUGUUGUGUCAUCAUGUGAGAAAGAAAUUGACAGUGUCCAGCUGAAAAUUGUGGAAGAGGUAUGGACUGCACCUCAUUAUGUUUAUCUUUUCUUUUUCUGUAGAUUGGAAAGGCAUCCGAUGAAGUCCGUCCAUUUUAUGUGGACAGUGCGAGUUUCGAACAGUUACUGGAAAUGAUGAGAAAUGAAGUUGAUCUGGACGUGGUCUCUCCGCUACGAUAUCAUACUGAGCUCGUUAAGUAGGUUGAGAAAUCAAAUUACUGCUAUAUUGCUUAUUCUUAUAAUAUUAUCGUUAAGGUUGAUGGCUAUGUGUACCAAGGGUAAAAACAGUAGUACGGAAUUGAAAUGCGCUUCAUUUUUACCAAUGGACCACAUCGUUCGAGUAGUAACAGCCAAGGAAUGUAUUGUCGAAGUGAAAUCAGUCUACCUCCAGUUCAUGCUUCAUUGUUAUAUCGAUUCAGACAUUGAACUAAAGGACGCGAAUAAUGCUGAAUACCUGGAACAAAUUAUGGAUGACAUUUUGGCUGAUAUCCGACAGUUCUCUUAUAAACUGAGCCGCGAAACCCGACCUACUCCGGAGCUGAUCAGUUUAGAAAGAUAUGUUUGUCAGCAACUGACAGAAGUUCUCAUCAAAUUCUUUGAAAAACCGUAUAGUCAACAGCCAAUGAUUGAUAUCAAGCAACAUCAGAAACGAUUCACUCAUAUUGUUCAGCAACUGACGGAGCUUCAGAAUGGUCCACUGAAGAGUAGUAACCAUUCCAAGAAUUGGUAUCGAGUAGCUGAAUGUACGAAACGGUUGAAUAAGUGUGCGGAUGAGCUGGGAGUGGUGCCUUUGACAAGUUACGCGCUUCCUCCAGUCAGCUCAGCCACAACUGCAAAACAACGAUGGCAAAGUGCAGCGCAUUCAGCGAGAUUUAUCACUGUAAGCGAUAAAAUCGUAAGCUGAAACUAAAUCAACGUAAUUUCAGCGAAAUCAGCAGUCCCUAUCCAUUCGGACUAAUCGAACUUUGAAUGCCCCGAGGUACUCGCGAGCUGUGGACAGCAUGAACAAUGUUGUAAUGUGUUACCAGCAGCUUAUAGCCGAGCUGAGGAUCUUCUUACAGCCAUUGCAAGGGGCGGAAUGUUCCGUCUUGGUUGAUGUUCUCCAUCUUCCGGAUAAACUGUUCCCAAUUGGCAGUAUGUUGAGAGAUCGAUGUGAACACGGAGGUGUCUGUUCAAAGUAAGUUAUUCUUCUUUAUCACAGGAGUACCAAUAUUUACAAAGACAUGUUGUUACUCUUCAGGCUGAUACAACAUUGUAAGCUUCUUCUCCAACAAAAACACGAAGGUCUUUGUAGUCGAGUGUUGGCUACAUUGUGUAGAAUGGCCACAAGUGCCAAACAUAACUUCAUUCUGCAGGUAAGUCGACUGCCCUAUUGUAUAAUAUGACAUUGUCCAACUGUUCUAUCUUCAUUGCGAUGAGAUUUUAGUCUGCGUUCCAGAGUUCGAUCUUGGGCAUGGAAGGGAAUGAGGUGUUCAUUGAAAAAGUAAUCUGUGUUCUUGGUGUUCCUCUCAUUUCUCUUGUACUUCGUCGACUCCUUAGUAGUCUUACUAAAGAAGUUGAUGAGUAACAUUCCGGAACUGUUCCUCCUUCUGUUCCUUUAUCCUCCUCUUUUUCUUUCGUCCAUUUCUUUUUCCGCAAACUCUAAUGCUUGGUGUGCUUAGGCUCUAUACGGAGUAGGGAGAUUAUAAUACUUACAAUUUAAGGGGAGAUCUGUGAGAAAGCAACUUCUUCAAAGAUACUUUGGGAUCGAUGCGGUUCAAGGCGGGCAGAAGAGCAUUAUGAGCAAUAUUAAAGAUUCCGAUGGCAAAAAGAAAGGUAGUCACUUACGGUACAAGGUUAUCUUUGUCGUUUAGAAUACAUUUUCGAUAAUGAAUUGAGACCGUUGACAAAUGUGUCAUUGUAUCAAGUCCAAUGUAAAUUGAAUGAUGCUGGAGCGGUUGGUAAGUAAAGUGCUUGCGAUUGGUCAACAUUUCUGACCCAUGUUCUCAUUAUGGUUUUACAGAUCUUGUAAUUGACCUAAUAGUAAUGGAACCGUCAUGCGAGAUCUUCUUGAAGGCCUGCCAGUUGGCCAAAGCUCUUCUUUAUGAGGGUAAUCACGAGGUUCAGAUGACCUUUUAUGAACGUCUGAAACAUAAAAAAGUGGCGGACAAGUUCUUCAGAGCAUUGAUUAACAAACUGCAGACAGCGCAGAACAGGUUGAAAAGCGACAUGAUGUCGGAAAAAAGUCAUCGUGGGAAAUCAGGUAGGCCAGACGGCUUCCGAAUCUUAUUUUACUUUGGUUUAGUAAUGCGAUUUUGUUGGCCACUUGAUUUUCAGUGCCCAUAAAUUUGAUUUUUUCUAUUUCAGCGCUUUCCACUUCGAUCAGUCGACGCUGUACGUUUCCUCCCUUCACUGUUACUCAGUUUGACACUUUAUUUUGUUCAUGAUCGUUUUGUUAUCAUCAAAAUUAAUUUGGUCAUAUUGUAAUGGAUAAAUUUUAGCCUCAACUGUAAUGACCCCCGUCCCCUAUUCGAUGGAUUGCCCUCUAACAGAGACCUUGCAUCCCAAUCCAAAGCUGAAUGCGCAAAACUCAUUUGAAAGUGGUCCCAAACAACCAUUACCCUCGGACUAUUCUAAUGUUUCAAGCCUACCUUGUACGAUGGAUUGCAAUGAGGACGACAAGUAAGUUACUGCACGGGAUAUUCGUAUGGAAUGUUUGGCUUCGUGGAAACUGGACAGAGUGAAAUUGGACAGAGUGAAAUUGGACAGAAAUAAUUUGGACAGAGCGUGGAAAUUGGACAGGGUGAAAUUGGACAGAGUGAAAUUGGACAGAGUGAUAUUGGACAGAUUUUCGCUGCAAUCGUACGAAAUGUCAAUAUUGAAUCAUCAAAUAAUUAUUUUUUGCAGUGAAAAAAAAUCUGUCGAGUUUCACUCUGUCCAAUUUCACUCUGUCCAAUUUCCACGCUCUGUCCAAAUUAUUUCUGUCCAAUUUCACUCUGUCGAAUUUCACUCUGUCCAAUUUCCACGAAGCCGAAUGUUUUACAUUAUGCGCGAAUAAUCAAUCCGCAACCCGCCGAAUUUAUAAAUUUUUGUCAGUGGCGAGCUGCGCCCUACCAGUUUCCACCGAAAGUUGAGAAAAAAUUGUCGAAAUUCUUUGAUCUUGAGCUAUACAUUUUUUUACCAAGAUAGGUUACAGAUUUCUAUUGGAAAACUUUUAGACCGAAUGAAUACCUUCCAACUGAGGUCUCCAUCAUUGAGCCAAUCCUCCGAUUCCUCCAAUUGCUCUGCGAGAAUCACAACAAUGUUCUCCAGAAUUUCCUGAGAACCCAGAACAGUCGACCUGACUACAAUCUGGUCGGGGAAACUUUAACUUUCCUGGAUACAAUCUGUGGAAGCACCAAAGGAAGUCUUGGAGUAUUCGGAGAGAUCGGAGAACACAAUUUCUCCUUGAUCACUCAGACUUUGAUCACGUUGACAGAGUUUUGUCAAGGACCUUGUCAUGAAAACCAGGUGGGUUUUGCAUUCUUUGUGGAUUUAUUUCUCUUUUAGAAUACUUUGGCCAUGCAUGAAUCUAAUGGGUUGGACAUUAUUAUAUCCCUUGUCCUCAAUGAUAUUCGGCCUUUGGCCGAUGAACACAUGGAUCUUGCUUUGGAGAUCAAAAGUAACGCUUCAAAGUUACUUUUGGCCAUAAUGGAGAGUCGGCAUGACAGUGAGAACGCCGAGAGAGUGCUUCGAAACAUGUUCCACACAUCCGGAGGUCCCGCUCAAUUGAUCAAAGCUAUUGUUCAGGCUUAUGAGAUGUCCAGUUCAAAUGAUUUCAAGGUUACGAAGGUCAAGCAUCAAUUAAUCGCUCAUAAUGUAAGUAGUUUCUUGAUUUCUGAGUUGCGCUUUAGGCAUAAAUCACUAUUUUGAUGUUGUUUUAGGUAUCAAGUGCCUAGUGUUGUAUUUUUAUCUAAUGAUUCUUUUUUAGAAUGGAAAAGCCUCAACUCCAGUGAUUCCGGAGAUCUCCAUUAAUCGAGCUGAUGUAAAAUCCGAAAGUCCAGUGGUCUCCCCAACAGUUACAUCAUUGAUUGACCCGAAAGAGGUCGGACAUAAUGUUUACAUCCUCGCCCACCAACUCUCACGUCAUAAUGAAGAAUUGGCCCGACUCCUUGACCCAUCUAAAGCUCCAAAUGACGCAAUGCGAGAUGCCCUCGAGUUCUAUCGAACCCACACGGCUCAGAUUGAAAUCGUCAGGUCAGACCGAAAAUUGGAGAGAGUCGUAUUUCCCAUUCAUGAUGUCUGCUCAUAUAUUACACCGGAAACCAAGGCUCAUGUAUUUAUAAAUACAGAGAGGGAUGCGCAAGGAUCCAAAGUAACGGAUUUCUUCGAUAAAUGGCAAGAAUUAUACGAUGAGAUGAAAUGGCAAAAGAAAUUACAAAGUCAGCCACUUCUUAGUGCUAUCACAAAAAGACUUCGAGUUUGGGGACGAAUGGCGUUUUUCAAUGCAGUAUUGAUCAACAUUAUAAUUGCGAUUUGUUAUCCAUUCGAUCAGUCGCCAAUUGGAGAUUCGAUUCGACUGGGGAAUCCGUUUUUGUAUGUCUCGAUGGUUAUUGCUGGUUAUCAAUUAUACACUUCUUGGGAGGAAGGGUAAAAUUUUUAUUAUUUUGAUGGAUUGCAAAUAACGGUUUGAUUAGAAUAACAUUUCUGAGAUUAUUCUUCUUUCAGUGAUACUGUCGGUGCAAGUCUACGUUCUCAGUUGGGAAUAUUUGGAGUAAUUAUAUGUUUCAUGAUGAUAAUGAGUGCCAUAUGUGGAGUCAAGUCGUCGAUCGCCUUGUUUGGCCUUUUCCAGGUAAGUUGUAUGCUAAUUUUUUAUUUUGUUUGAAUUUUAGAUCCUAAACAAAAGCUUACAUUUGAUAAGUUAUGUUGGACACCGUGGUUUGAUCGAUCGUCGAUGGAAUGAGCGAUUUACCGAUUCCACAGUUUGGUAUUAUCUGGUUUAUUUGUUAUGCUGUGCCCUCGGAGUGUUUUGCCAUCCUUUCUUUUACUCGCUGUUGGUAAGUGAAAAUAUUGUUUUUGAGAGUUUGCAAUUUUUAGUUAUUCGAUAUUGUUGUGAACGAAGAAACCUUACGGAAUGUUAUUCGAUCAGUGACCAGAAAUUGGCAGUCCAUCAUCUUGACCGGGGUAUUGGGAUUGAUCUUGGUUUAUCACUUCUCUAUCAUCGGCUACAUCUUCUUCCAAAAGGAUUUCCGAUUAGAAGUCGAGAAGCUGGAUGAUGAUAUUUUGGUCAGCGUUCAACCUCCAGAUUGGCCUCAAUGUGAUAGCAAGGAUUCUGAGUGCCCCGCUACGAUUCCACCGCAGAUUUCAGAGGAGGACGACAAGUUUCUUACAUGUAGUUCUCUCCGGAUGUGCAUCUUGAUGACCUUGAAUUGGGGUAUGAGAAAUGGUGGAGGAAUUGGCGAUGUCUUGAGAACUGUUCAUCCUCAGGUAAGCUAAGGUCUUUUGAGUUAAGUUUUCGAUGUUUAGGAACCGUACUGGAUGUGGCGUAUCGUCUAUGAUCUUUCCUUCUACAUAGUUCUUAUUGUUAUUGUUCUGAACUUGAUUUUUGGUGUGAUCAUCGAUACGUUUGGAGAUUUGCGUACGGAAAAGAACGAAAAUGAGGAUAUUCUGAAGAACACAUGCUUUAUAUGCGGCUUGGAAAGAGGACGGUGAGUUUUAAUCAUGUAUAAGAUCGAUUUAAAUAUUCUUCUGGUACAAAUAUUGUUUAGGUUUGAUAACAAAGCCAUAACCUUUGAGGAGCACAAUGAAUUCGAACAUAACCUCUGGCAUUACCUAUAUUUUAUUGUCUGGCUUCAAAUAAAAGAUGAAACCGAAUUCACUGGACCCGAAAGUUACGUAGCCGAUUGUGUAAAAAAGAAGAAUCUGGAUUGGUUCCCGAGAAUGCAAGCGAUUUCGUUGAAGGAAGAGAAUGUGGAUAGUGACCAGUUGGAUAUGAAAGAUCUUCAAGAACAAAUGAGGAGUAAUCAGAGGACCAUCGUUGAAUUGAGCCGGAAAAUUCAAGAACUUAAUCAUGUAAGUCGUUUAGCCUUUAGAGAAGGGCUUAUGUUUAAUUUUGAGACCGUAUUUGGGCAUAUUUUAGAGAAAGUUGGCCUUAUUUUACGUAAAAUUAUGUCAUUUUCGCUUGUUUUUGCCUCUAAAACAAUAUAAUUUUUAGCUACUGGUAGAGAACAUGACCCGAUCGUGA